GCACUACAAGCAACAUGAACUUCGGAGGUCUUCUAUUUGUGUGUGUGGUAAUGUCGUCCGCACACUACGUUGCAAGUCGUCCACAUCAACAAACAGGAGACGAUCGACAACAACCAAUGAUUCGCCAAAAAAGAAUUGCUUUCCGUCGGCCCCGCCCUCGUCCAUCAGCAUCUGGCGGCAAGGGGACAGCCUGCCCUACUCCUAAAUCUCCUCUCUACGGUACAGUGACUGUGACAGGACAAGGAUCAACGGCGAUCUUCACCUGUGCGAGUGGCUACAACAUCAAAGGAAGUGUUAGGAUGACGUGCAACAAGAUAGGAAACUGGAUGGGAGUAACUCCCACCUGCAUUGACCAAAAUGAGUGCGCAUCAUCUCCUUGCAAGAACAACAGUCACUGCAUCAACACUCCAGGAAGCUACAAGUGUCAGUGCAAUUCUGGUUACAUUUUACAAGCUCAACAAUGUGUAGCUGCACCAUGCCAGAAACCAACCAUACAGAACGGUCAGGCAACAGUGCAAGGGAUUACAGCCACAUACAAAUGCAACCCUGGCUUUCAACUAAAAGGAACAAUUAACCAACAUUGUAACCUAGGCAAGUGGAGCUCUAUUUCGCCUACAUGCCAAGACAUCGACGAAUGCUCAAAAUCAAUUGAUGACUGCCAGCAGCAAUGUAUCAACACACCUGGAAGUUACCAAUGUCAAUGCUACAGCACCUGGAUACUAUCGAGUGACAAGAAAUCCUGUUACAACUGCCCUGGUGGAUGUCUCAAUGGGGGAAAAUGUACAGCACCCAACACAUGCCAUUGUGCAACUGGUUUCAGUGGUAAUAACUGUAAUAUCAAGGCAUGCCCACACAUUCCAACUCCACUAAAUGGCCUGCUCAAGUGUAGAGUGGUUGAAAGAAAUCUGGAGUGUGAAGCCAAAUGCAAAGACGGUUUCGAUUUUGCAAUUCCACCCAAACCCUCAUAUGAGUGUCGACAAGCAAACCUUGUGACAGGGACCGAUCCAAAUGUUCCUGACUGUACUGCAAUCUAUCCUGCUGACAUCACAACAAACUUGACUGCAACAUUUAACCUCUCAUCUACAGCCAGUUGUGCAACAGUCACUCAAGACCAGAUUACUAUUGCAAGAGAAGCAGUCAACACAGCUAAGACAGUGUGCAACGACAGCUUAUCUGACUGCAGCAAAGUCAAUAUUAAAGUUCUACAAGUUCUGUGUACUUCCUAUGGUCAGUCCAGUAAUAUGAGUGUGGUUUAUGGAUUAACUGCAGACUACAACGGACAGUUGUUUACUCGACAGCAUUGUGAUCAGAGCUGCCAGCAAAAGAAACUGGAACUAAUUGAUGAUGUCAAUUCAGUUGCAAUUCAGCUGGAAUCUGCAUUCAAUCUUAACCCUAAUAUGACUCUUCAAGUCAGUAACUUUUCUAGUCAUUACGCAAAUCAAUCAACCAAGUUUCUUCAGCCAAGUCCCGUCUGUUCUCAGCCAUAUCGUGUUCUAAAUGACACAAGAUGUCAAUGUUGCCCAGCAGGAUCAUUCUCUGGCAACGGACAGUGCAUCUGGUGUCCAAUAGGAACCUAUCAGCAACAAGAAUGUCAAACAACAUGCAACUCUUGUCCUCCUGGGGAAACUACAAAGACAAAGGGAGCAAGAUCCAAAUCUGACUGUGGACCUGUCACCAAAAUGGUCUAUUCAGAUCUUGACUGAACUAAUUGUUGCUCAAGUUAGAUAAAUUUGUUGUAACCUCUAUAAGGUUUAGUGGCAUAGAACGUCAGAUUGAGUAGACGGACAUACACCCAAUGUGUGGUAACUCAUAGUUUCUUCUAACUGUUGAAGACAAUAGAUGCGUUCUGUAAUAAAACACUGAAUAAGUACGUACAUAAUAGAGUGUGUGCUUGCUGCUCUUA